GAAACUACUCAUUACAACAAUGAGAGUCAACUAUUCUGAAAAAUAUAGUUGGAAUUUAUUUUACAGGGAUUCUAGUCCUUCCUGUGAACCCGUUUGGUAUCUUCACAGAGAGAAGGUUCUUGUAUUAGAAUAGAAUUAUUGUCAACAAUUUCAAUAAUCUUGAGGACGAGAACAAGGUUUUCACAAAGUCGCAAGAGAAAGAGGGCUUCUUUUCCACAAAUUCGCAAGAGAAAAGCUUCCUUCAGAAAACUUCGGUUUCAGCUUCUGCAGAAAACGCGACGGAUGGUGGUACACAUCAGUUAGAAGGUUACAGAAUUUUCUUCAAAAAACUGCUUCUUUCAAUAUUAGAUACUAGCUGGUUUUCAUCACAAUUUCAAUUUCAUGAACAAACAACUAGACCUGUACAAGCACAUCUUGUUCCGCUUCCUCCUUUCCAGCACUAACAAACCAAAAUGAAAAAUAGGCUUUGUUCAAGAGAAACAAGUUCGUCGCACUGGCGGCGGUAGCUGUCACAGAGGUGGAAGCUGUGCAGACUUCCAAAGUCCUGCUACGCAAGAACAGGAAAUCCUUUCUGCAAAAAAUGCAGCAACAACGAAUGCAGGACCGUCUCAAGGAUGACUGCUGUGAUGAGGAAGCAAGAGAGAAAUUCAAAGUUAUGCUUAUCAUGUGAAAUCGAAAUGUAGUGCUCCUGGAUAUUAGUAGAACUAGAAGUUGUAAUACGUGCUUCGAAGUACAACUUAGAUGAUGUCGUGCAGCAAAAAUGUACUAUCAACAUUUUGAUGAGCAAGUGCACCAUCAAAGAAUUGACAUUCAUUGGACAUGGAGUUGCGAGUUGUGAUCCACAUCCUCGUCUCAUCAUUCUAAUACCACUUCUACUGACAGUAGUAGCGAAGAGGGGUAUAUGAAGUUUGCGGUUCAGCGCCCUAGUGUUGAGGGAUCGAAGGCGAAGUGCGCAAGCGGUAAAGUCUCGCACCCUAAAUGCACGGGAUACACACUCACGGGAGGAAACGCAUACUUAGGAGUCAAAAAUGUUGUAGUUCUAGUUGUCGUUGCUGAAAAAUAGAUCCGUCAAGCAAUCACUUGCGAUCUUUCUUUGGUGAUGCGUGAUAAGAUCCCUGAUUGUUUUAGGUCAUAGUUGAACGUAAGGCACCAUCUCCCACAUUAUUGAAGAUGUGGUCCAACUUACUACGUAGUUUGUUCUAGAAAUUUCAUCCUAGAGACAAGUUGUUCAACUCUGAUCCUUAUCCUUUUUUCCCUUGUUAAUUUCUUUUUUCUUCUAUGAUAGAUUUGUUUCCUUUUCUGCUAGAAGUAGCUAGGAAGACUCAAUCUAUUUUUCAUUCUCUGCACUUAAGAGAAAAAUAACCGUCUAAUGUUUUCUCGUAGUUCUAUCUCCCUGCUCCAUAAUUCUAAUAGCCGUUGGCAGCAAGUGCUACACCGAGAAGGAAGGGAGCAAGCAGACAUAUUAUGUCUGCAUGGCUGCCAAGGACGCGGAGUCGACAUCAACGGCUUCGACCAUGUUCCGGGAAAGAGUGCCGUGUGGCUGCCGAAGCGAGCACGAGCUGGAUGUCUCGGCACCGGAGAAGUAAAAAGUAGUAGGUGAAAUAAGGAGAUGGAGAACAUAGAGAUGAAGGGAGAAGAUAGACAUAGAGUUGAAAGGCGAGCGUAGAGGUGAAGGGAGAACAUAAGUAGAAGGCACUGUAGUUGUACUAAGUUAGUUGGUACUAGAACAGAAUGUAUGUACAUGACAAGAAGGUAGCGAAGGAAGAUGAAAGAGGAUCUACUUCCAGCGAAAAAAGAAAUCUGUAUAUUUAUUUCGAAGUGAAGUAUUCACAGUUGAGAACUUUCAGUUCGUUGCGUAAUAUCAGUUUUGAAUUUCAAGAAAAAUGUACUUCAUUACCACUUCUAUUGUCAUCUAACGAACUAUUAAUGAAAUCUAGAACAUCUUGGAUUUCGCUUAUCAGCAUCUGCAUGUAUUUCCUGAAUAUUUGGCAACUUGAUGAAACUGGAGGAACUGGACACCGGCGCAUCUACUUGCGACGUAUAAUUGACAAUCCGUUAGCUGCAACAUGGAU